AUGAGAGUGAACAAAUUAGUACUUUUGGCAUUAUUAAGCCUGAUAGAGUUGAGCUAUCAAUUCAUUGUAUAUGAUGAGAGUCUAGCCUCAUGCUAGGCAUUUGCAUAAAUGUUUGACAAUACUUGUGAUCCUUAAGCCACUCCUACAACUCUUGGUUCAACAAUUUCUGAGAAAAAAACUUGCAAUUUUGUUUCCGAAAAUUUCCCAUAAGCUAAUCUUUACAGAAAAUUAUGUGCAACAUGCUCUUCAGAGAACGAUUAAGUUAUCAUAAGAAUACAAUCAAAUGGUUUGCCUAAUCAUUGUGUAUAUUGGGGAGAUGAUACUGGUGUGUCAGCCAAUAUCGAUUUUAAGGUAAAUUGGAACAAGAAAAUGAGUAUCAAUUCAACCAAUUACUCUCCUGCAACUUAAACAGACCUUGAUACUCUGAUUUGCAAAGCAAACUGGCCAUCAGUUUUACCUGAAUACUCAUAGUUUACUAAUAUGAUUAGUAGUUAGCCUGCUGAUCUCGAUGAAUUUGUUGGUAUUGCCUUGAAUGGUGUCCUUCUUAGUUCAGGUUUUAGUACUCUAAAUAUGAAUGUAGAUCCAAUAUUUCCUAUAGAGUAUGAUUAGGUGACUAAUAUAAAUGAUGCGAAAGAAAUGGGAGACACCUGUCUAACCAGUGUACAUAAUGGAAACAACUAUCAUCAUUAUCAUAUUAUUUCUCCAUGCAUUCUGGAUUCAGAUUUACAAGCUAAAAGCUAGUAAGUAGCAUGCUUUAUGGAUUCAGGUUGCUCUGACAAUCUUAUUUAGUAUUCUAAAGCCUAAAAACUUAAAACUUUAAUGCCUAUUGGAAUUGCAAAGGAUGGUCAUCCAAUAUACGGGCCUUAUAAUUCGCAAGGAAAGUUAUGGUAGCCUUGUGAUGUAGACAUAUGCAAUGGAGUAUUUUUAGGAGAUUAAUAUGCUUAUGUGGCAACUAUGUUCCAUCCUUACUUUAUUGGAUGUUGGGGUCCAGGAAAUAAGCCAAUGCUCUCUUAGAGUUGCUCUGCCAACCCAAGAAAGUGUUCUAAUUCUAAGUUAGGAAUAAGUCAUAGCUACAUCAUCAUGGUACUUACAGUGGGAUUUACUCUUAUAAAUUUAUUAAUUAAUUGA